AGAUUGAGAAUGAAGCUUUCCGGUCGGGCGGGAGGAGGUGACGUCAGGAGCGGUGGCGGGCGGGGUCCUCGGGUAUCCCUGGGGACGCUGUAUCUGUGGGCCCUUAAAUCGCGUCACAAAUCAGCGACCGAACUCUGGCUGAGGUGGCUGAGGCGGCGAAGGCGGCAGCGGCGGCGACAGCUCUGGGGUUUGCGUCUCGGGGUGUGUCGGCCGCCGCUGCUGCUCGGGCCUGGUAUGUACAGAUGGCUGGUUAGGAUUCUCGGCACCAUUUUCCGUUUCUGCGACCGGUCGGUGCCCCCUGCCCGGGCCCUCCUGAAGAGGCGGCGCUCAAACAGCACUCUGUUUUCUGCAGUGGACACUGAUGAAAUACCAGCCAAAAGACCAAGAUUAGAUUGCUUUAUUCACCAAGUGAAAAACAGUCUCUACAAUGCUGCCAGCUUAUUUGGAUUCCCAUUCCAGCUGACCACAAAGCCCAUGGUAACUUCUGCUUGUAAUGGAACACGGAAUGUGGCCCCUUCAGGAGAGGUAUUUUCGAACUCUUCAUCUUGUGAACUGACAGGUUCUGGAUCCUGGAACAACAUGCUGACACUGGGUAAUAAAUCUCCUAAUGGAAUAAGUGACUAUCCAAAGAUCAGAGUGACAGUAACCCGAGAUCAGCCACGCAGAGUCCUGCCUUCCUUGGGUUUUACUUUGAAUUCAGAAGGCUAUAAUAGAAGACCAGGUGGCCGUCGUCAUAGCAAAGGUAAUCCAGAGAGUUCUUUCAUGUGGAAACCUCAGGAACCCGCUGUAACAGAGAUGAUUUCUGAAGAGAGUGGCAAGGGUCUGAGGCGCCCCCAUUGUACUGUGGAGGAGGGUGUUCAAAAAGAGGAAAGAGAGAAGUACCGAAGGUUAUUGGAACGACUUAAAGAAAGUGGUCAUGGAAACUCUGUCACAUGUCCUGUGACUUCAAAUUAUCACAGUUCUCAAAGAAGUCAGAUGGACACAUUAAAGACCAAAGGCUGGGGGGAAGAGCAAAAUCAUGGAGUCAAAACAACACAAUUUGUUCCAAAACAAUAUAGACUUGUUGAAACAAGGGGACCUCUAUGUUCAUUGAGAAGUGAAAAGAGGUGUUCAAAGGGGAAAAUUUCUGAUACAGAAAAGAUGGUUGGACUCAGAUUUGAAAAUGAAAGUAGGAGGGGAUACCAGCUGGAGCCUGACCUAUCAGAAGAAGUGUCGGCCCGACUCCGCCUGGGCAGUGGAAGCAAUGGCUUACUCAGGAGGAAAGUGUCAAUAAUUGAGACAAAGGAAAAGAAUUGCUCAGGCAAAGAGAGGGACAGAAGAACGGAUGAUCUCCUUGAACUCACAGAGGACAUGGAAAAGGAAAUCAGUAACGCCUUAGGCCAUGGCCCACAGGAUGAAAUCCUAAGUAGUGCUUUCAAAUUGCGAAUUACUCGAGGAGACAUCCAGACAUUAAAGAAUUAUCACUGGCUCAAUGAUGAAGUCAUUAAUUUUUACAUGAAUCUUCUGGUGGAAAGAAAUAAAAAGCAAGGCUAUCCAGCACUUCAUGUAUUCAGUACUUUCUUCUAUCCUAAAUUAAAGUCUGGGGGUUACCAAGCAGUGAAAAGAUGGACCAAAGGGGUAAAUCUCUUUGAACAAGAAAUUAUUCUGGUGCCUAUUCAUCGGAAGGUACAUUGGAGCCUGGUGGUGAGUAGAGAAGAAUGUGUGUUUUGUUUAUGGGAAUCUUUGCAGCACCAGAUGCCUCUCUUCCGGAAGAAGAUGGUGUGGGAAAUCCUUCAUCAGCAGUUACUGUGAGGAAAACUUUGCCUGGUCCCUCUAGCUGCUGGUGGUUCUUUCACAGACAUUUCCAUAUACCUCAUGCAUUGUGGGUUAAAAAGUCCCUGCAUCACUUCUGUUCUCUCACAGGUACUGAGCUGUCAAAAGUGCAUGAAGGCCUCUCGCUGCACCCUAGUCCUGAGUUGGGGUGCAGAGGGCUGCUUGCAAUCCUGUUUGUAAGGCUGUGCCUGCUCAGAGCUUUGGACUGUUCAACCCACACAAGAACAAACGCUAAUAUUUUUUUUAAGAAAUUCUUUUCCCUAUGAAUGUGGGAAAUGCAGGAUUUAUUCUGUGAAUUGUUUUUUUCUGUGUGUUUGUUCAGCGUAUUCAUUCACUCAUUCGUUUGCAAACAUAAUGGGCAGUGGCCAUUUACUGCUGCUCUUUUAUAGUUAGCUCUAAAUUACUUGUUUGAACUAUUUAUUUCUGAAAGGAAUGUUACUCAAGCUGCCACUCCCUGCUGAAGACCAGGAGAGAAAUCUCACUGGGGGCGGAAGUGGAGCUGGAGCACUAACUGCCAACAUGAAGCUGGAGGGUUUGGGAUUUGUUUUUGUUUUUGUUUUUUUGAGGCUCAAAAAUGCUGGGAGAAGCAAAAAUGCUGUGGGAUAGGGCUCCCAUUGCCUUUCAGAGGAAGUCUGACACUACAGCGUUGGCACAGUGCCAUGGAGCCGAGGAACUGUGCCCAAGGAACUCUGACUACCCAAGCAUCUUCAGAAGAGUGUUGUGGUCAUCUUACAGUGACUUCCCUUUCUGGAAAUGAGGUGACUUGGCUUAGUCUUGAAACUGGAUUCAUGGAUUUGAAGUAACAGUAAACCCUAAAUCUUCAUUUUCAUCCCAGAUCUGGUUGAGUAUAAACCUCAGAAUUGUAGGGGCUGGCCUGAGCUGUUUAUUUCAAAAGAUACUAUUCAAUUUAAAGCUAUUUUUCCUCAGAGUUUUUGUUUUCUAUAUAUUGAGCCUAAAUUAAGUUUUCUACUCAAUAAGACUAACAUCUCCCCACUCCAUCCCCACUGAAAGUUGUAGAAGAAAAUGUACUUGGCUCCGAGGUUGCCAGUUACACAGUAAUCUAUUUUGCAUAUGAAAGUUUGUAUUUAACUUUUUCGUUCAUUAAAAACCUUACUGAUGUGGUUAUAAUUUCAGAAAGUUUAGAGUUGGUCAGAACAUAUUUUGCGAGAUCUAGUGCCUAGUGUUGCUUUUCUGAUGUAAUAAAAGGUUGUCUGGCAGAACCCAAAAA